CACAAAUUAAUUAUUGUUAUUGCUAAAAGAAAGCAAAGAAAUUAAAGUUUCAAGCAGCAUUAUUAUUUUAAAUACUAAAAAAGGACAGUGCAAAUAGUUUUAAAAUUAUUCAGUUAAAUGAGUUAAUACCAAAGCAAUUAUUAAUAGUAGAAAAUUGAAUAUGGAACUGAACAUAUUUAUGAAAUAUUUGACUUUCUAUUUCCUGGAUCAAAUACUGCCAAGCUGAUAAAAGUGCAUGAUGCUUAUGCGAAGAACUUUCCAUUUAAAGAAAUUUUAGAGAGACUAUAUUUGGAGAAUGGAGCUCCAGUUGUUAAUAUUAUUGGUGGAAAAAGUGGAUAAGACAGAAAUAAACUUUAUGCAGGAAUAGCAAGAGCGUGUUUUAAUACAGAUGCAGUAAUUAUUGAUAAUGGCAUAACAAGUGGUGUAGAAAAACACUCUAUGAGGAAAGGUUUAAAGCUUAUUGGAGUUGCUCCUGAUGAUGAAGUAUAAUAUCCGAAAGUCAAUUCAACCUAUUAAGAUCCAUACGAGUUAUGUGCAGGACACACUCAUUUAUUUUUACUAAAUAACAAAGAAUAAGAUCUUAGAUGGACCUAAGAAUCCCUUUUUAAAAUAACGCUUGCAUUGAGAAUAGCUGAAGGAGAUUAUCAAUAUAGUGGAGUUUAUCAAAGAGUUGUUCAUGUAUUUGUUGGAGAUAGCACUAAUUAUAUAGAUGAAAUUAGACUUGCUGUUAAAUUUUAGCAGCCAAUUAUUGUUGUCCCAGGAAGCGAAGUAUGCAACAUGAUAAUAUAAGGAGUAUAAAGCUAAAAUGGAGUCUAUAGAGGCUUGGAUAGUGAAUUGGUAGAAUACUUAACAGAUUAUCCACAAUACUUCUUUAUGUUACUUGAUUCUAGUUCCGAUGAAGUUGCUUAAUAUAUUCACUUCUUUUUAACUGUUACUCCUUACAUUCAAAGUACACCUAUUUUAUACUAAAAGAAAAAACAAAAUUAAUAUGAAGAGGAAGAUUAAAAUGAUUAUAAUCCCGAUGAUGAUGAAAAAAAAGAUAAAUAAAAAUAAAGACAAGAUUAAGAUUAAGAUUAAGACCCGGUAGAGUAAGAUCCAUGA